ACUUCCUGCAUCAGGGAGGUCAGCGGCACUGCCCCAGCGGGUGCGCGAGCGCAGAAUGCCGCAAGAGCCCGACGUAAACGCACGCACUGUGCACCCGUGGUCAAACCGGAUCGAAUAGUGACAAAGCGAGUGGAGAUUAAAUUGAGUUAAAAAGUGAACAUUGGAGAUCAAACCCCGACGCGUCCAGGUCCCUCGUGACUCAUGGCCCAGUACCAGUUCUUGUAUUUGAUGGUUGUGGCUGCUUUAGGAACAGCACCAUGCCAGAGUCAAAACUCAUUUCAAGACACAAUAACACAAGAUGUAACACCACCUAGCUUAUUGAAAGAGGUAGAAGACAACAGCCGAUACAAGACUUUGGAGGCAAAUGCAACGCUUUUAAAACUUCUAGUUGACGACAAAGAUGGAGUGAGCAGAUCCGAAGUAUUUGAUAUGCUGCACUCAAAAGAAGAUACACCCGAGCAUCUCGCUUUACCAACAUUCCCAGAAGAUGCUGAAGAAGGUAGAGUCGACGUGCCGGUUGUACCUGACUCACAAGCUGAGUUCCUUCAAGAAGAACCAGUGCCCAAGGAUUCUCAUAGACGGUAUGCGGGAACACGCGGCGAGCCCGUCGGCACCGCGGCAGGGAUUAUGGUUGCGGUUACCUGCAGCAUCGUCGUGCUCGCUUACUCUGCUCUUAUUGUAUGGAGACGGAUAUACUUGAAGAAAAAUGGAUUAAAGCACGAACUUCUACGGAAUGAGGAAAUUAUGGCUGAAACAAGAAUUGAGUUAUGAAGAGUAUUGCCUUAAAAUGUAUCGAGCCACGAAGUUAUGUAAAGUUUUUAAAAUAACAAGACUGAAUUUGUUUAAGAAAGAUUGUUUUAGAUGUAUGACCUUUAUAUCUGAGCCACAUAUCUUGCUAUCUUUGCGUGAUAACUAUUGAUAAUGAUGUGUAACUAUUUAAAUGUACCGCAAGAAGCUACUUGAUAAUUCACACCGAAUAUUAAUUUAUAUUGCAUUUUUACAUUGAAUAUUUUUUUAUGUUUUAAAUGUAAUUUUUAUGUAAAAUGAUUUUAAAAUCUAUAAAUGUUCCGAAUUUAAACUACGUGAAGGCUUUUGUGUUACUUAUAUCAUAUAAUUAUAUAAUUGGAAUUAAAUUAUAAAAUAUAAAUAUUUAUAUAAAAAAAAUUAUAAAAAACCCGUGCCAUAUAUUUGUAAUUAUCAGUUAGUCAUGUUGGAUUUUAUGAUUGGCAUGUGGUUAUAAAUGUAAUUUAUUUAUAAUUUAGAAAAAAACAAGUCUGUGAUGUGAUUAAUGCUAAGGUAAUGAGAGAUGUAUUUUCGAUGCUUUAUUUAAUAUUGAAAGAGUUUGUAAUAAAAAAAUAAACUUGUAAGCAAUAGAAAUUCAUAA